CGGAAGCCACUUAAAGCAGAGCUCGAGGUGACAGGCGAGCGAUCUGGAACGGGAGCGCGGUCCAGCCUUUCUGCGCUCGCGGCGGCGGAAUGGCCCGUGCGCGGCUCGCCGCUUCGCCAGCCUGCGACCCCUAGACGCCGGCACCCGUCUCCGUGCCGACCCCUGGCGCGGACGCUGCUCUGGACGUCCGUUUUCUCAGCCUGCCCGUUCAGGGUUUUAGACUCUGAGGAGCAAUUGGAGCUAAUCCACACCAUGGAAGUGGAAACCACGGAACCUGAGCCAGACUGUGUAGUGCAGCCUCCUUCUCCUGAUGACUUUUCAUGCCAGAUGAGACUCUCUGAGAAGAUCACUCCAUUGAAGACUUGUUUUAAGAAAAAGCAGGAUCAGAAGAGGCUGGGAACUGGAACCCUGAGGUCUUUGAGGCCAAUAUUAAACACUUUGCUAGAGUCUGGCUCACUUGAUGGAGUUUUUAGGUCUAGAGACCAGAAUGCAGAUGAGAGCAGCUUACAUGAACCUAUGGUGAAAAAGCCACUGGAAAUCAAUCCAUCAUGCCCACCAACAGAAAACAAUAUGUCCGUCCUGAUUCCUGAUGGGACAAAUGUCCGGGGCCAAAUACCAGAUGCCCAUCCUUCUGGCCACGCUCCAGAACAAGUGGUUCCAAUUCAGGAUCACAGCUUUCCCCCAGAAACCAUCAGUGGGACAGUGGCAGAUGCUACAACAGGGCAUUUCCAAACUGACCUUUUGCAUUCGGUUUCAAGUGAUGUUCCUACUAGUCCUGACUGCAUUGACAAAGUCAUGGAUUAUGUUCCAGGGGUUUUCCAAGACAACAGUUUUACAAUCCAGUACAUAUUGGACACCAGUGAUAAAUUGAGUACUGAGCUCUUCCAAGACAAAAGUGAGGAAGCUUCCCUUGACCUUGUGUUCGAGCUGGUGAAUCAGUUACAGUACCAUACUCAUCAGGAGAAUGGAAUUGAAAUUUGCAUGGACUUUCUGCAAGGCACUUGUAUUUAUGGCAGGGAUUGUUUGAAGCAUCACACUGUCUUGCCAUAUCAUUGGCAGAUCAAGAGGACAACAACUCAAAAGUGGCAGAGUGUAUCCAAUGAUUCUCAGGAGCACUUGGAAAGAUUUUACUGUAACCCAGAAAAUGACAGAAUGAGGAUGAAAUAUGGAGGACAAGAAUUUUGGGCAGAUUUGAAUGCCAUGAAUGUGCAUGAAACAACUGAAUUUGACCAACUACGAAGGCUGUCUACACCAUCCUCUAGCAAUGUCAACUCUAUUUACCAUACAGUCUGGAAAUUCUUCUGUAGGGACCACUUUGGUUGGAGAGAAUAUCCUGAGUCUGUUAUUCGAUUGAUUGAAGAAGCCAACUCUCGGGGUCUGAAAGAGGUCCGGUUUAUGAUGUGGAAUAACCAUUACAUCCUCCACAACUCAUUCUUUAGAAGAGAAAUAAAAAGGAGACCCCUCUUCCGCUCCUGUUUUAUACUGCUUCCAUAUUUACAGACACUUGGUGGGGUUCCCACACAGGCUCCUCCGCCUCUAGAAUCAACCUCAUCUUCACAAAUCAUCUGUCCUGAUGGAGUCACCUCAGCAAACUUUUACCCAGAAACUUGGGUUUAUAUGCAUCCAUCUCAGGACUUCAUCCAAGUGCCUGUUUCUGCAGAGGACAAGAGUUACCGAAUCAUUUACAAUCUUUUUCAUAAGACUGUGCCUGAGUUUAAGUAUAGAAUUUUGCAAAUAUUGAGAGUCCAAAACCAGUUUCUUUGGGAGAAAUAUAAAAGGAAAAAGGAAUACAUGAACAGGAAAAUGUUUGGCCGUGACCGAAUAAUAAAUGAAAGACAUUUGUUUCAUGGAACAUCUCAGGAUGUGGUUGAUGGAAUCUGCAAGCACAACUUUGAUCCCCGAGUCUGUGGAAAGCAUGCUACAAUGUUUGGACAAGGCAGUUACUUUGCAAAGAAGGCAAGCUACUCUCAUAACUUUUCUAAGAAGUCCUCCAAGGGAAUCCAUUUCAUGUUUUUGGCCAAAGUGCUGACCGGCAGAUAUACAAUGGGCAGUCAUGGUAUGAGAAGGCCCCCUCCAGUCAAUCCUGGCAGUGUCACCAGUGACCUAUAUGACUCUUGUGUGGAUAAUUUCUUUGAGCCUCAAAUUUUUGUCAUUUUUAAUGAUGACCAGAGUUAUCCUUAUUUUGUUAUCCAAUAUGAAGAAGUCAGUAACACUGUUUCCAUUUGAAAAAUCUUGGUACUGCUAAAUUAUUUGAUAUGAACUCAAUCCAGCAUUUGUAGCAGGUUUUGAGUGGGUGGGACUGGGUGGGGAACAGCAUUGGACAUUAAUAGGGCACUUUUCAGACCCAGUUUUUUAAGUGCUAGAAAGUGUAAAUUUUUUUUUAAGAAAAACAAGUUUUAAAGUGAUCACUUAUUCUUUAAUUAUUUACUAAUUGUUAGUGUACUCAGUGUGGAAAAGACUACAAAUUACAUACUCUUUUCAUUCACACUUGUACAUAGAGACAGCAAUAUUAUUAGAAGCAUUAAAAAAAAAAAAACUGAACAGCCUAACUAAUUAAAUGUGGCUUGGGUUGGGUAGAAGUUUGGUCAAAUGAGAUGGAGGCUGUGAACAAAGUGAGGAUUCCAUUUAUUUACAUUGAUAAAACUGACUGGAAAUAAUACUACCAGGCUUAUUUCCCCUCCAAAGCAUCACCGCUUUGGUGUAGUAUAAGUUGUUAAUUCUGAUGGGUGGAAAAAAAUUUUUUUGUUUCCAUAAGCAGGACUAAUAUACAUCACCCGAUCACAGAGAGUGUCAAUGACUGACUGUUCUGGCUGGGUUUGCUUGUAUUCAGAAUUCUGUUUAGAGAACAAUUUUAAAAAGAAAAUACCAUUUGAAGAAUUUUUGUCACCAGCAAAAUUUUUCUCUAACUAGUUACAUGAAUUGUGUUGUUAAACUUCAGCCUUGGAAAACUCAGUUUCUUCCAUUAUCAUCCACUUUAGCUUGAAGGAGUUGGGCAGCUAAUUUUUUUAAAGCCAGUCUUGAGGAUUAGAAAGAACUAUUAUGCUCUUUUGGGGUUCCGAAAGAUUUAGAGAAAGGAAAUAACAUCUUACAACUAAAUUGAUACGGUUUAUUGCUGUGCUAGCACAAAUUAGAUUCUCAGAAGUAUUUGAGUUGGAAUUAUUGUUAAAGUUGGUAAUCCCAUCCCUAUGCCUGCUUUGUCAGGUGCAGCUGGGUUCCCUGGCUGACUCUGUAUCUUACACUACAUAACAGAAACACGGACUUGGGAAUUGUGCCACUGGCCCAGGUAGAGCGCUGUUAGGUGAAUAUGCUGUUGCCUCAGUUUAGAGAGAGAGCAGGUAGGUGUACUUCACCCUUGGCAAAGCAAAUAACCUGGAUUUACAAAAGUGGAAGUGGUUCACAAAAUAAUUAACAGAAUUAUUUCAUAUACUAAGCUCUCCUAGUAUAUUGUGGUUAUGUCAUUUACCCAAAACUUCAGGAACUUCUGUGUUGUUUAAAGCAAGAUAUAUCUAUACUGAUGUCUCAGUGAAUCAGUCUGUUUAAGCACUUGUCAGGGCUUCCACACAGUUAUUUAUUUUGCCGUAGUUGAUCCUGUUGUUUGCUGCCAUUGGCAUGAAACGGGCAACUGUGGCUGUUACAGUUGUUCUUUCAUUCAGUUAUAACUUGUAAACCAGUGAUUCCCAGUCUUUUUCAAAUUAAGACACCUUGCCCAUUGCUUAUUUGAUUUUAUGAAACUUGUUCCUUUUUUCUCCCUAAAGAAAAUGAAAGCUUUAUGACAUAUUUAUUUUUUUAAUAAAACUAAGCAAAAAUAAAAGUUAUGGUAAUUCUUUAAAA